AUGGCUCUCGCCGCAGAUCAGCGGAAGAAGAUCCUCCGGGUCUUGAUGAUCUCGUUGCUCCUGGAUUUGAUAUCCUUUACCUUCAUUCUUCCACUCUUCCCGUCUCUGCUCUCCUUCUACCGUACCCAAGACCCGUCCCCGAAUGCGCCGUUGAACCGCGUCUUCCUCUACCUCAAUGCCUACAAGAACGCGUUCGCCAAACCCAUCGACUCGCGUUACGACAUCGUUCUUCUCGGCGGCGCCCUCGGCUCGCUGUUUUCGCUCCUACAGGCUAUCGCCGCCCCAUUUAUCGGCCGCCUCUCCGACAAACAUGGCCGCAGGACGGCCCUGCUCUGCUCGAUGCUGGGGAACACACUGAGCGUUGCGCUUUGGGUCGCUGCCACCGACUUCCGCACCUUUCUCGCCAGCCGCUUCGUGGGGGGCCUCAGCGAGGGGAAUGUGCAGCUUGCCCACGCCAUCGCCACCGAUAUCAGCGAUCCUCGCCAGCGGGGAUCGACCAUGGCCCUCGUCGGCGCGUGUUUUAGCAUUGCUUUCACCUGCGGGCCGGCGCUGGGAGCCGCCCUCUCGAAUGUCACCACCGUCGCCGCGAAUCCCUUCGCCACGGCGGCCGGCGUGUCGCUACUGCUGAUCGUGGUGGAGACGGCGUAUCUGUACCGGAGUCUUCCGGAGACGCAUCCUCGUCUCACGAAACUCCGCCACGCGAGCGCGUCGGAAUCGGACACCACGCCUACUUCGACCACGACUCCUACUGGAUCAUCCGCCCCACGCCCACACACCAACGCGCCUGCGGUCCUCAAUGCCAUCCAUUUCCUCUUUCUCCUGCCGUUCUCAGGUAUGGAGUUCUCCCUUCCGUUCCUCACGGCGACCUUCUACGCGACCAGCUCGGCCACCCCUUCCGCUCUGAACGGCCGUCUGCUGUCCAUGAUGGGUCUUCUCGCCUCCUUGCUCCAGGGCACCGUCGUGCGGCGGCUACCCCCGCUCGUCAUCGUGCGCGUCGGGGUGGUCACCUGCACCAUUUCUUUUUUCCUCCUGGCGCGGGUCUCCUCGCUGGCGGGGCUGUACGGCGCGGGCGGACUGUUGGCCGUCACCAGUGCGACAGUGGUCACGGGUCUGAACAGCCUGGGCAGUCUGGAGGCGGUGGAAGGCGAGCGGGGAGCGGUGCUGGGCCGGCUGAGAAGUUGGGGACAGGUCGGGCGGGCGAUUGGGCCGAUGCUCUUCUGCUCGCUAUUCUGGUGGGUUGGGCGCGAGGUCGCGUAUACCACAGGGGGAGUUAUCAUGCUUGCGGUGUGUGGGGUGGUGUUUACGUCGUUGUCGCGCCCGGUGUAA